AGGUUCCUUCAGCAUGGAGACAUGUCUGACCUGUCUGAAUCCAUCGACCUCUAUCGAGCUGCCCUGGCGCUCUGUCCCUCUGACCAUCCUAACCAAUCCACAUCUCUCAACAGCCUUGCCAGCGGCCUUCGACAAAGGUUCAUUCAGCAUGGAGACAUGUCUGACCUGUCUGAAUCUAUCGACCUCUAUCGAGCCGCACUAGUGCACUGUCCCUCUGACCAUCCCAAUCAACCCACAUAUCUCAAUGGCCUUGCAAGCAGCCUUCAACAAAAGUUCCUUCAACAUAGAGACAUGUCUGAUCUGUCUGAAUCCAUUGACCUCUGUCGAGCUGCACUGGCGCUCUGUCCCCCUGACCAUCCUGACCAAUCCAUGUCUCUCAACGGCCUUGCCAGCAGCCUUCGAAACAGAUACAUACAGCAUGGAGGCAUGUCUGACCUGUCUGAGUCCACUGAGCUCCAUCAAGCU